UAAAAUACGCGGAAGUUGCGGGCGGAAGUAGCCUCGACGGAAGCGGUCGGGUCUGUCAGGGCAGGAAAAAAUUUGCAGAAUUUGACACAAAGAGGUGAACCCCACCAAACAACACCGCUUAUCCCCCCUUUUCCUCGACACCGGCGUCCGCUGCCAUGAUCCUGUUAGAAAUUAAUAACCGCAUUAUCGAGGAGACGCUGACGCUCAAGUUCGACGGCGCAUCCAACGGAACCAAACCAGAGGCCGUCGAUGUGACGUUUGCGGACUUCGAUGGCGUCUUGUACCACAUCUCCAACCCCAAUGGGGACAAGACCAAAGUGAUGAUCAGCAUCUCUCUGAAGUUCUACAAGGAGCUGCAGGAUCAUGGAGCUGACGAGUUGCUCAAGAGGGUCUAUGGGAACUUCCUGGUUUCACCAGAGGCGGGCUACAACGUGUCCCUCCUCUACGACCUGGACGUUCUACCAGCCAACAAAGAUGAGGUUGUCCACCAGGCCGGCAUGCUCAAGAGGAACUGCUUUGCCUCAGUGUUUGAGAAAUAUUUCAAGUUCCAGGAGGAAGGCAAAGAGGGCGAGAAGAGGGCCGUGGUCCACUACAGAGAGGACGAGUCCAUGUAUUUGGAGGCCAAGAAAGACAGAGUGACGGUGGUGUUCAGCACAGUGUUCAAAGACGACGACGACGUCAUCAUCGGCAAAGUCUUCAUGCAGGAGUUCAAAGAGGGUCGGAGAGCCAGCCACACAGCUCCCCAGGUGCUCUUCAGCCACAGGGAGCCUCCUCUGGAGCUGAAGGACACAGACGCCGCCGUCGGGGACAACAUCGGAUACAUCACUUUCGUCCUGUUUCCGCGUCACACCAAUGCCAAUGCCAGAGACAACACCAUCAACCUCAUCCACACCUUCAGGGACUACCUGCACUACCACAUAAAGUGCUCCAAGGCCUACAUUCACACACGUAUGAGAGCCAAGACGUCAGACUUCCUCAAGGUGCUGAACCGCGCUCGACCCGACGCAGAGAAGAAGGAGAUGAAGACCAUCUCUGGAAAGACCUUCUCCCGCUGAGGCCGACCCUAACCUGAAGAAGUACAAUCCACCCCCGCCCCCCCACCUCCUGUGGGCAUGCCCAGACGCGCCACAAUGAGACUUAACGCCACAUCAGACCGGACUUCAGGAAGCCUCUAAUUCCCCGCCCGCCCUCCCAGCCUCUCAUGUCCAGACUUUUGUUUUGUUUUUGUUUGUUUUUUUUAUUCUUAUUUGGUUGAAUAAUAAUGCUGUCCGUACCUGAGGAAACCCUCACAAUACAUGGAAAAAGGGCAUUCCUUGCUUUGCAUAGUUAAAAAGAAAAGAAGAAUUAUUAGUCCUAUAUAAAUAUAUAUAUGAUAAAACUGAAAUUUUUGAUACGAUAUCUUUUACUCCAUUUGGUACUCUUGCUUGCCCUCACAGUCAUGAUGGAUGAUUUCAGUCCCCUCUGUACUUUCAUGUCUUCUGUACCGUUGUCAUGAAAAAAAGAGAAAUAAAUCACGCUUUAAAAAAAGCAUCUUUUU